AUGUAUCGUGCUGAGGGAAGCGCCAUCCACCGAGUCGAUCUUCUAGCCUCGAUUCUCCUCGCUUGCUUGGUGCAGAUCUGCGUCUCUCUUGAGCUACCGCAGCUGGCGGGUGACACAACCUCCUCCGACCUCGACGUCGAGCAUGGCGACUCCGCGCCUGACAGUCGGCUCCAAUCUGAAGCGCGGGCUCCGGGCAAGGAUCGGCCCAAGUUGACCGGGUUUUCCGAACUUCAGUUUCUUGGCACCGGGACGUCUGGACGCGCGACGGAAGCUGACGACGUGUUUCUAUGGAGCGUUGGCAACGUCACUCAACCUGCGAGGUCCCCCUCGACUAAAAUCCGUUUUCAGAGAGACUUUCCAGGUGUGAAAGGAAUCCAGGGUUCUGUUUUAGGACCGUUCACAGAGGCUGAUCAAACCUUGGUGGACUGGUUGGCGACCACCCCCGUGGUUUUGUGCAGCGAUGACGUCAUGUUUUUCACCGCCUCCGGAGAAGGGCUGGCACACUUGUUUGUGGACAGAGAGGGCGCCGCUCCCAUCUCUCUGCUCCACCUUCCUUCAUACUGUGGUUAUUCUGUGAAGUCAUUGAGUGAGGACCUUCAAGUGCUGGCAGCAUAUGAUGCAUGUUACAUUAUACAGGAGAAUGGCAGUUAUGUUUUGCCCUUGCUCUGGUCUGGAAGCCCGCUGAAGCUCUCCUGCCCCAUGGAGAUGCCCACGCCUGCACCGUCUCCAUCUUCAAUGGCUCCCUUGGUUUUCUGCUCUCCAUAUGGGAUGGCAGUGCAGAUAUAUGAGAAGGAAGAGGAUAUUCUGCUGCUGGGAGUUAUAGUGAACGGAGACUGGGUUCCAUUUGUGUCUGCGGACUGUGCUUACCGUAUAAACUCUGAACCUGAAGAUUUUAUAUUUUUCAUUCCCUUUGUGGCUCCUUGUGCAACAGUCAAAGACGAAGUUUAUAUCCAAUUAGUGAGUCAGCAGGAAUACAUCCUGUUGUGUCCUGCGCCUCCUGGGCUUGUGCAUCCGCCUCAUUUUCCACCACAUCACACUCCCGAGCUCCCUCAAGCUCCAUACCAAUCAAUGGUCUUCCUUACGGUGAACAGUACGCGAGCCCGUCUUUCCCAUUGUCCCAGCCAGUUCCCGAGUACCCAUCCGUCUCACAGGUGCCGUCCAUCCCUGAGACUCCGUCGGCCCCAAAGGUACCAGCCAGUUACGCAGGUAACAUCUGUCCCUGAGCAACAGCCAGUUACUCAGGCGCCAUCCUUGCCCGAGCACCCAUCAGUGUCACAGGUGACAUCUGUCCCUGAGCACCAGCCAGCUCCGCAGUACCCAGUGGUCCCGCAAGUGCCAUACUUCUUUGGGUACCAUUCAGUUCCGCAGGUACCAUACUUCCCAGAGUACCUGUCGGCCCCUCAAGUUCCGUACUUCCCUGAGUACCUGCCGAUCCCACAGUGUCAGCCAGACAAGAUUUCUGUAUUUCUGCCUUUCGCCCACCCGGACUCAAUCCAAGUCACAGACAAGGAGAACUGGCUGUACAUUUCCAGUGUCGCCCCUCACUGUCAGUACAUGAUCCAGAUGUCUCAAGGAGCAGGCGUGAGCUUUCAAUCACCAUUGCCGGCUUGCCACAGCUAUUUAGAGAAUUCAAACACUGUUUCUUUACCUGUGAGAUUUUUCAAUGUCUACACGGAGGAAUACCUGUCCCUGGAUCUUCACUGCCCACUCAUUUCAACUCCCCCAUCUGUCAGUCCCCCUACAACACCCCCCUUUAUUGUCCCAAAGCCUAAGGUCUCCUGCACGUCCCAUGAGAUGAUUGUGGAGCUCCCUCCUGGGCCCAUGUCUGGAAUAUCUGUUAAAGAUGUCAAAGGAAAUCAAAUUAACCUUAAAGAUGCCUCGAAUUACUGUGGCUACUCUGCAAGCAAGGGACAGGAUGGCAAAAUCCAUUUGAGUCUUCAACUCCAGUCCACUUGUCACAUGAAUGUGGAGGGUAAAAUGUACUCCAUCACUGUUGGAUAUUUGACUGAUGGAGGGGCCCAGGAGGCCCAGUUUUCUUGUCCAGUAUCUGUGUCUGGGAGAGGUAUAGUGUUUGUGCUGUGA